AUGACUGCUUUUAACAUGAGAAAGAGGCUACUACAACGUAAAGGUACUAGGCCGGAGUUGUGUGGUAGUCGGCAACAGUUACAUUUAGCUAGAACACACCUCUUAGAACUAACAGUUAUCUUCCGCCUCCUUAUGAAGUCUUGGAUCGCCGAAUAUGUGGAGAAAGAGAGCUAUAACCCGUUCCUUUAUGGCCCAUGGGAGCUUGAUAUACAUGACCUUUCUCCAGCCACAUCUCAUGAUCAGCUGGCUGAGAUGGAAAAGGGUAUCAGGGCGCCCUACCUGUCUGCGAGGGCUAAAGAGAAGGCCGCCUUGUCUCCGGCCACAGGUACUAGUGCUCCUGGCUCGCAUAAGGACGACGAGGAUUUGCGGAACAUCGAGGACGAUGAGGCGCUAGCUGCUGACCGCGACGAUUCUGCCAGCUCUGGCGCGACAAGUCCUAACGACGAAGAUGCAACCCGCGACGGCAUCGUUAAUGCCCCGAACAUGGAGCUUCGUGUGCCAAGCUCUACCCGGGCGCGUCUCAUUGCCGACUUGAAGAAGCGGGAACCAGACUCUACGUUCACGGACAAGACGGGCAAGAUUCAAGAGAAUAAGAUCAAGUUUAUUCCUAUAUAA